AUGUAUCGAAGCUACUACCACUUUUGGGCUCUUUUCGUGUGGCUUUCACUCCCCGUCGGGGAAUCGAGAAAGCAAAUAGUGUUCAACAGCAUAGAAUGUUCUUUGAAAAACAAUGUCUUUUCUAAAAUCGACUGCCACCUGUAUUCGCGACUGGCACUAAACGUGUUUUUUAAAAUUAAUGAGCAAAAGGCAGCUGACAAAAUGGUUGGAGUUUGCGAAGUGGAUUUAUUCACCCAAGGGAAGAUAAAGGUUACGCGUAUAAAGAAUCUAAGAUUGGAUUUUUGUCAACUGAAGAAGCAUACCGAAACACGCUCUAUGCUGGGAGUACACUACCUCGCACUACGUAGGUCUGUAGGUAAUUUUCCUGACAAAUGUCCCUUCCAAAAAAACACUUCAUAUUCGGUGAAUCGAUUGUAUAUCGACUGGAAAGAAGUACCGCAAUACCUUCCCGAGACUAACUACACUUUUAGAGGAAAGAUUUAUGCAAACCGUCAGCUAGGACUUGAGGUCAAGCUCACAGGUGGCCUUUAUGAAAUUGCCAAUUAUUCCGUUUAUAAAAAACCGUUGCUGUGUAAACUUGUUAUUUAA